GGCCCCGCCUCCGUCCCUUAGGCCUUGGCCAAGCGAAGCUUUUGUCCCUGUCGGGAGGGCGGAGGGACCGAAUCUGGGAGUGGAUCUGAUCUCGGGGAGCCGCCAUGCCCGGACCUGGAACUUUCGGCCCUAGCUCUUUGCCCGCCUCCCCCCGCUGCUGGAAGCUGCAUAUCGUUCGCCAACUGCAGCAGCGGGACCGGAGGCAGAAGACUAUGUUUUUGGACCUGGUGGAGGCUUAUCACAGACUCUUGGAGAAAUCAGACCUGUUGGCCCAUUUCACAGAAAAACUGCCACCUGAGCUUCCUAAUGACCCUGUUCAUCUCCCUUCAGGGGAGGAGGAGGCGAGGCCAGUGCCAGAUCCUGCCCAUCUGCCCGAGGACUUCAGGAGGAAAUGGGAGGAGGAACUGGCUAAGGUCAAGUUGGUCUGUGGGGAGAUGGCAUAUCAGGUUGUGGAGAAGAACAGGGCCCUGAGCGCCCAGGACGGGCUGCUGGAGGAGCAGCGGGGCAGGCUGGCGGCUCUGGAAGCCAGGGCGCGGGAGCUGGAGGAGAUGCGACAGUGGCUGGCACAGCGCGUGGCCGGGCAGCAGGAUCGGAUCACGGAGGGGAAGGAGGCCUACGACACCCUGCGGGCCCACGCCAGCCACCAGCAAGGGGCCUUGCGACAGCUGGAGGAGGAAGGCCGGGAGCUGGUGGAGAGGCUCGUCCGAGUCAAGAUGCAAGCGGCCGAGGACCAGAAUUACCGCAAUGAGCGGGUCGACAGGGUGAAGCAAGCCAGGCUUUCCAAGGAGCUGAAGAAGGCCGUGAAGAAGACGGUCAACAUCACCGAGACCAUAGACCCUCCGGCCAUUCCUGAGCCCCCUCCCAGGAAGCAGGACCUCUUGGAGGUGGAAGCCUGUGAGAAACGAUGGAAACGACCCUUCAGGUCAGCCUCCGCCACUUCUAUGACUCUGACACGCUGUAUGGAUGUUAUGAAGGGGCUACUGGACUUUAGGAAGAGAAGGGGCCAUUCUGUGAGCGGGCUCCCCGAGGCCCGCUAUCCAAGCAUUCCUGUCCGUGGGGUCUCCUGUCUCCCCGCCAGAGCCCAGGACGUCCAGGAGGCCCACCAUUCGGAGGUCAAUGCUGUGUGCUUCAGUUCUAACAGCAGCCUCUUGGCCACGGGGGGUGCUGACCGGCUCAUCCACCUCUGGAACGUGGUUGGAGGCCUCCUGGAAGCUGACCAGACGUUGGAAGGCGCUGGUGGGAGCGUGACCAGCCUGGAGUUUGAACCAUCGGGCUGCUUCCUGCUGGCAGCGACGUACAACAAGGCCGCCCAGCUCUGGAAGGUGGGCGAGAGCCAGUCCAAGGAAACACUGUCUGGACACACGGACAAAGUGACCGCAGCCAAAUUCAAGCUGACCCGGCAGCAGGCGGUGACUGGGAGCCGAGACAGGACGGUGAAGGAGUGGGACCUCAACAAGGCAUCCUGCUCGCGAACCAUCGACGGCCUCUCCUACUGCAACGACGUGGUAUGUGGAGACCACCUCAUCAUCAGUGGUCACAAUGACCAGAAGAUCCGCUUCUGGGACAGCAGUUCUUUCUCUCACAAUUGUCCUGGAUUAUUGCAUUGCUGCUAGUAGAGAAGUCCAUUACCUUCAAUUGUACCACAGUGUUUCAGUCUCUGUGUACAAUGUUUUCCUGGUUCUGCUCCUUUCGCUCUGCAUCACUUCCUGGAGGUUGUUCCAGUCUCCAUGGAAUUCCUCCACGUUAUUAUUCCUUUGAGCAUCUUUAUGACUAUAAAGAGAUUUGGUGUUCCUUCGUUUGCUUUGAUGUUGAAAACUCCCCCAGGCUCCCCCAAGCCCCCCAGCCUACACACAUGCCUGAUCCGUGCCAGAAGUCAAACGUCUUUUUUUUCCAGUGGUGGCAGCUCAGCUAGUGUGAGGAAGAAGGGUUCAGGGAAGACCAGAGAUGGGCUAGUCUUCUCCCCAGCACCCCACCUGAGAGUACACACCUGCAGGAGCUGUUCCUUCGGUUACUUCAACCCUUGGUCUGGGAUUGUUUCCGUUUCCUGAACCUUCUCUAGUGGUCUCCCUCCGAAGCCCAAUUUCUGGUCUUCCUAGAGUCAUCUGGAUGGUGCAGUAGGCCUGGAGUCAGGAAAGUCUGAAUUUGAGUCUAGCUCCAGGUGCUUCUUCUUUUUUUUUUUUUUUAGUUAAUGAACCAAAAUUAAAUAUUUAUUCAAUCAAUGUUGCUUAAUAGUCAGUAUUUCUCUUCUUCUUUUUUUUAAUUUUAUAGUAUUUUAUUUGAUCAUUUCCAUGCAUUUCUCAUUAAAGACAAAGAUCAUUUUCUUUUCCUCUCUCCCACCCCCCGUGGCCGACACAUGAUUCCACUGGUAUCAUAUGUGUUCUUGACUCGAACCCAUUGCCAUGUUGUUAGGAUUUGCAUCAGAAUGUUCGCUCAGAGUCUUUCCUCUGUCAUGUCCCCUCAGCCAUUGUAGUCAGGCAGUUGCUUUUCCUCGGUGUUUCUACUCCCUCAGUUUGUCCUCUGCUUAUGGAUAGAAUAGCACCUACUUCUUAAGGGAUCCCAUGAGAAAAUUUCUAAAGUGUUUAAUAAAGUGCUUGGCACAUAGAAGGUGCUUACAUGCUUAUUUUGUUUCUCUCUUUUUCUUUUCCUUCCAGAGAGAGAUUAGGGUCACUUUGGGCAGCUUUCUGUUUGUCAUUGUGAAACUCAGUAUGAUUUUCUCCCUUCUACUAACUUCAGUUCUGCCCUUUGAACUCGUUAUUUGGAGUUUGCUUUGAAUGGGUCUUUAGCAACCAACACUCACUCAUUUACAACCUUGGUUUAAAUGGGAAACUAAGACAAUUUAGUUUUUAACAAAUUUAGUUACAUUUUUAAAAAUUAGCAGGCGUUUGUUCUCUCUCUUACGUUGCCCCAGAAAAUACCCCCCAAAACUCUUGAAACAAAAUAUGCAUCAUCAAGCAGAAUAAAUUCCCAUACUGACCAUGUCUAAAAAUAUAUACGUCUCAUUCAGUACCUGGAGUCCAUUACUGCUCUGUUAGGAAAUAGGCACCAUAGUUCAUUAUCAGUACUCUGGAGUUGUGGCUGCUCGUUGUAUCGAUCACAGUUCUUAAGUGUUUUAAAGUUGUUCCUUUCUACAAUGUUAUGGUCUUAAUCAUUCUCCUGCUGCUUCCGGCUUCUCUCUCUUUGCUUUGUUCUUUUCAUACAAGUCUUCUCAAGUAUCCCCCAAACUCUCCUUUUCAUCAUAUCUUCUGGCUCAAUAAUAUUGCAUUAUAUUCCUGUGCCGUAAUUGUUGGCCCAACCAUUACCCAACUGAUGGGAACCCUUUAAUUUCUGCUCAGAGUUAGAAAAACAAGGAGAUCGUAUCAUAAGGAGAUAUUGACAACAGAGUUUUUAGGGUCCACCAAAACAUGGCUAGGAUGGGGAGCAGGCUGGAAAGCAUUCCAUACUAGGAUUGGUUGAAGGGUCUGGGAAUGUUUGGCAUGGAGAAAUGCGCGGAGAGAGAGUGUGUGAGUGUGAGUGUGUUUGGGAGAGGGGAAGAGGGCCUUUGACCAUCUCCAG